AAUAGCAGACGAGGACCGGGGAGGCCGCUGCUCGCUGAGCCAAUGAGCGUGGAAGGGGGCGGGGCCACACCCGGAAGCGGCGGGCGGCGCGGGGGCAGCGGCGGCGGCACCGGGACCGGGAGAAGCCGCAGCGAUGUCGGAACGGAAAGUGCUGAACAAAUAUUAUCCCCCGGACUUCGAUCCGGCCAAGAUCCCCAAGCUCAAGCUCCCGAAGGACCGGCAGUACGUGGUGAGGCUCAUGGCCCCCUUCAACAUGAGGUGUAAGACGUGUGGGGAGUACAUCUACAAGGGCAAGAAGUUCAACGCCCGCAAGGAGACGGUGCAGAACGAGUCCUACCUGGGGCUGCCCAUCUUCCGCUUCUACAUCAAGUGCACGCGCUGCCUGGCCGAGAUCACCUUCAAGACAGACCCCGAGAACACGGAUUACACCAUGGAGCACGGAGCCACCAGGAACUUCCAGGCAGAGAAGCUCCUGGAGGAGGAGGAGAAGAGGCUGCAGAAGGAGAGGGAAGAGGAGGAGCUCAACAACCCCAUGAAGGUCCUGGAGAACAGAACCAAGGACUCCAAGCUGGAGAUGGAGGUCCUGGAGAACCUGCAGGAGCUGAAGGAGCUCAACCAGCGCCAGGCCAACGUGGAUUUCGAGGCCAUGCUGAAGCAGUACAAGGAGCUGGAGGAGGAGCAGAGGCGCAAGGAGCAGGAGGAGGACGAGCAGGAGAUGAAGGCCAUGCUGGAGCAGGCCCAGCACCGCCGGCUCCUGCUGGACUCCGACUCCGACGAGGAACCGGCCAAACCCCGGCCCGGAGCCACAGCCCCGACAAAACCCACGGACAUCCUGCAGGAGGACCCCCAGCCCCAGAGCAAGAGGCCGAGGACGGCGAGCUGGGAGCGCAGCGUGGGCAAGCUCAGCACCAGGGCCCAGCUGGCCGGGCUGGUGGCCCGCAGGAGGCAGGAGCCGGAUCCUGCCCUGGAGAACGCGCCGGGAACCGGAGGCACCGCGGCCAGCACCGGCUCCCUUCCAGCAGCAGCAGCAGCAGCAGCCACGUCCUCGCUGGGUUUGCUGGGAGCCUACUCGGACAGCGAGGGCAGCGCCAGCGACUGAGGGGCUGAGGGGCAGGGAGGAGGAGCAGGGCCGGGGCUGUCCUGGCUCCGGCUGCUCCUGGAGCCCCUCACGGAGCUGGAAGCACGGCCAGGGGCCCCAGGGGCCCGGGGGUCUCCAGGCCUCUGCUGUCCCCACACCCUGCAGCAGCAGCACGGGGAGGUGUGAGGGAGGUUCAUUCCCUGCACAGGAAUCCCGGGGGAGCCCAGCCCCACUCCCAGGAUGUGUUGGGAAGUGCCAGGGCUGGCCAGGACUCUGCUGUGUCCCUUCUGGGGGUGCCACUGUCCCCACCCCUCCAGUGAUCGUGGCCAGGUCGGGUUUGGGGUGCCCUGACUGCCCUCAGCAGGAGGGGGGCCUUGGAGCCGGGGUGCAGGGCAGGGUGGGUGCUCAGCCCCUCCUUCACUUCAGCACCGGCUCUUUCUGUCCCAAGGUGUCUCAGGUCCCACCUUUGCACUCACCCGGGGGGCUUUUCCAGCCCCUCCCUGCGGGGACGGGGCUGUCCUGCCACCAGCAGCCCCCCUGAUGUCCCCAGGAGCUCGGGUUUGUCCCCCCCAGAUGUCCCCAGGAGCUCGGGUUUGUCCCCCCCAGAUGUCCCCAGGAGCUCGGGUUUGUCCCCUCCCCGCCGUUCCGAGCCCGCCGGGCUCCAGCAGCCACAGCUCCAGAAUAAAUUGGAU